AUGGAUGAAGUGACAGAGCUGGAGCUGGGGGGCAACUCCCUGCUGAAGGCCGUGUGGCUGGGCCGGCUGCGGCUGACCCGGCUGCUGCUGGAGGGGGGCGCCUACAUCAACGAGAGCAACGACAAGGGCGAGACCGCCCUCAUGGUGGCCUGCAUCACCACGCACGUGGACCAGCAGAGCAGCCACAAGGCCAAGAUGGUGAAGUACCUGCUGGACAACAGAGCCGACCCCAACAUCCAGGACAAGUCUGGCAAGACGGCGCUCAUGCACGCCUGCAUCCGCGGGGCUGGGGGGGACGUGGUGUCCCUGCUGCUGGACAGCGGGGCAGACCCCAGCCUGGAGGACCACUCAGGAGCCUCAGCGCUGGUCCACGCCAUCAACGCUGAGGACAAGGCUGUGCUGCAGCACCUCCUGAAUGCCUGCAGAGCCAAGGGGAAGGAGGUGAUCAUCAUCACCAUGGACACAUCAGCCUCUGGCACCAAGACCGCCAAGCAGUACCUGAACGUUGCCCCAGCGCUGGAGUUCAAGGAGAAGGCUCCCCUCGAGGAGAGCACAGCCCCCUCCAGUACCCACCUGAAAACUCCCGUCUCAGCACCUUCCCCUGCCGAGAAGGAGAGCAGCACUCUCACCCCACACCCUUCCCACCCUGGGGACACUGAGCCAGCCUCCCCAGGCCAGCGAGGCGGCACUGCCCGGAGAGCCCAGCUGCCCCGGCUGAAGCGGCUGAGGUCGGAGCCCUGGGGUCUGGUGGCACCCUCGGUGCUGGCGGCCUCCAGUCACCGCGACGACACGCGGGUCUGCGCCGACAGCGAGGUCAUCACGGGCAUCGGCGACCUCUCGCUCUCCAAAAAGCCCUCCCUCACCCGCAGCGGCAGCAGCGGCAAGGGAAGGGACCCCUCUCUCUUCCCCCCAGUGGAUGAGCAGGCACUGGGGCCGCUGGCAUGGAAAGCCACCCACGAGAAGAGCCCGGGCACCCACCCGUGCCUGUCCCGGAGCGCCACGGUCCCCGAGGAGCCGGAGAGCACUGGCUCGGCUGCCAGCUCCGCCGCAGGGACGGACACCACUCCCCACUGGUGGAGGCCAGGCACCGAACACAACGGGGACCCGCCGGUCACCGAGGCGGGGAAGGCACCGUCCGAGAGGCGCAAGCUGAGCGGGUCCCAGCUGGCCCUGCUGGACGGCUGCUGUGACUCUCCCUCCGGCAGCACCAGCACAUCGCCCAGCACCGGCCGGCGCCGGCCGCCCGGCCUGCUGGAGAGGCGAGGGUCCGGGACCCUGCUGCUGGACCACAUCUCCCACACAAGGCCAGGAUACCUGCCCCCCCUGAAUGUGAACCCCAACCCCCCGAUUCCUGACAUCGGCUCCAGCAAAGCCCCCUCCCCGCUGGCUGCUGGGCUGAAGCCGCUGGUGCCCCUCGCACCCAGCUCGCCCAGGCGGGGCGAUCUGAGGGCUCACAGGAAGCUCCUCCGCAGACAUUCCAUGCAGGCAGAGCAGAUGCGGCACCUCUCCGAUUUUGAGGAGGUCGUGGCGCAGUAG